AUGAGCCGGCUGCUCGUGGACCGCAUCGCCGGCAGUUUCCGAGAAGAUGCACCUCGGCCCCCGGUGCCCGGGGAGGAGGGCGAGGCGCCCCGCUACCCCGGCAAACGCGCCGCGAUGAAACCGGAGCCCGGCAAGCCCGUCGCGCUCGGCCCGCCGGGCUCCUCGACCGGAAGGAACCAGGAUGGCCUCGGGGAGCCCGAGGGCAGCGCCUCCCCGGACUCGCCGCUCUCCCGCUGGACCAAAUCUCUGCAUUCCCUCCUCGGGGACCAGGACGGCGCCCUCCUGUUUCGGACUUUCCUGGAGGCGGAGAAGUGCGCCGACACCUUGGACUUUUGGUUCGCCUGCAACGGCUUCCGGCAGAUGGACCUCAAGGAUACCAAAACCCAGCGAGUGGCCAAGGCCAUUUACAAGCGCUACAUCGAAAACAACAGCGUGGUCGCCAAGCAGCUCAAGCCCGCCACCAAGACCUUCAUCCGGGACAACAUCAAGAAGCGGCACAUCGACUCCGCCAUGUUCGACCAGGCGCAGACGGAGAUCCAGACCAACAUGGAGGAGAACGCCUACCAGCUCUUCCUGACCUCUGACGUUUUCUUCAAGUUCGUGCGGAGCGGCGGGGAGAACCCCGAUCACGUCAACGCCGACGGCCUGAGCGACCUGCGGCUCGUGUGCGGAUACCUGCCCACGCUCGACGAAGAAGAGGAGUGGACUUUGGAUUUCAAAAGCAGAACGGCCGUCAAGACCUCGCAGAGGGUCGCCGCGCCCGCCAGGGGGCUGGAGGUGAUGGAGAGGGGCUACGGGUGGUCCAAGGGAGGAGAGCUCGUCUGCCGCGUGGGCUCCUUCGCGCCCGUCAGCAGCACCAACGACAGCGAGGUGUCCAGCGACGCGCUGACCGACGACAACGUGUCCGUGACGGACGGCAGCGUCGAUGGCGUCCCUCCCUCCAAACUGAGCUCCAAGAAGCUGCUUCAGAGGGAGAAGCAGCGGAACGUGCGGAUGAACAGCCAAGUGUGUCUGCCUGCUUUCCCUCGCACCCGCUGCCCUCCCAAGGAAGGCGUCCCGAUGGAGCCGGCGAAGUUUGCGGCCCAGCUCAUCUCGCGCCUGGAGAGCCUGAAGAGGGAACAGGACACCCUCAGCUCUCUGGAGGUGAGGCUGCAGCAGAUUCAGGAGGAGGAAGAACGAGAGGACACGGAGAUCGCGGGAAGUGCUCAGCAGAUUCCCCCACACCCGCUGAGCCUCCUCCCCAGCUCCUCGGAGGAGGACCCCCAGGCCAUCCUGGACGAGCACCUCUCGCGGGUCCUGAAGACCCCCGUCUGCCGGUCGCCCACCGUCAUCUGGCACUCGCCCCGCUCCAGCUCACCGGAGCACCGGCCCUUCGCCCGGCCGGGAUUCGGACUCAAAGCUUCCCUUUCUAGUCCCGACCGGGGGGCUUUCGCGCUCGCCCUGGGCCCCGGCCGGACCCUCGUGAGCAGGCAGAGCACGAAGCACAUCCACCACCACUACAUCCACCGUCACGCCGGGCCCAAGACCAAGGAGCAGUUUGAGAGGGAGGCCGCCCUCCAGGUGCGCACUCUGUGCUCCUCCGGUAGUGGCGAGCGUGCGCCCUGCCAGCCUUACCAGCGCAGCCGCAGCCUGGGCCGCGAGAUGUGCGGCGCCGUCUCCGCCGACGCCAGCAUGGGGCGUUCCAGCUCUCUGUCCAGACGCGCGUGUCGCUCAGGAGUUGAAGAGGGGGCGUCCGAGAGGUGCGCGGAGGAGUGCGGGCCCCUCCGGCUGCCCAGCGACACGGCGGACCCCGCUCAGAACGUCUUGCAGUGGAUCCUGGAAAGCAAGCGGCAAGGCAGGCACAAGUCAAGCAGCACCCAAAGCGCCAAAAAGUCUUUCGAGGGCUCCUCGACGCAGACUCACACGUGGGGCGGCGGCGGAAACUGCCUUCACCUUCGCAGCCACCAGCCGUCCCAGCCGUUCAUCCAAGACCCCGCCAUGCCCCCCCUGCCGCCUCCCAACACUUUGGCCCAGCUGGAGGAGGCGUGCCGCCGACUGGAGGAGGUCUCCACCACCAAGACCGCCAAGCAAAGCGCUCUCUGCAGGCAUUCGCUGUCCGGCCUCCAGCGGGACAAGAGCCACCUCGUGCCUGUGCAGAGCGGGGGAUCCGCCCCCGUGUCGCCUGCCGUUCCUAACCUCGCCCCCGCCACCAGCAGCCUCUGCCGCCAAUCCGACGACACUGCGGAGUGUCGGAAAAGCGGGGAGACGGUGGUGACUUACUUCUUUUGUGGGGAGGAGAUCCCCUACCGGAGGACCAUGAAGAGCCACAGUCUCACCCUCGGCCACUUCAAGGAGCAGCUGCGCAAGAGGGGAAGCUACAGGUACUAUUUCAAGAAGGCCAGCGACGAGUUCAAGUGCGGCGCCGUUUUCGAGGAAGUGUCGGACGACGGCUCCUUGCUGCCCACCUACGAGGGCAAGAUCCUGGGCAAGGUGGAGAGGAUGGACUGAGAGACGCCGGCGGUCCGACGGGCGCCGGGGAGCCGACCGAUGAAGGACGACCCGGCGACCUUUCUCCAGUGGACUCAAAAGUUCCCCACAAACGCGGCGACAGACUGUGAAGGUGAAUGACCACUCGGCAAGCGAGCGGACCGGACCGGACCGGACAGGACCGGCCCGCGCCCCGACACGCCCCGCCCCGCCCCGCCCCGCCCCCUGUGACGCUUGUAUUGUAUUGUAAAGAUCUCUAUUGCUAUUUAUUGAAGACGGUCCCGCCGGCCCCACAACGGACGGACACUUACGCCGUGGACAUGCUGCUUGGUGAUGGCCACCAAAGGAGGAAACUUUGAUUUUCUUUCUUCUGUGAUCAUCACUUCUUCAAGGAAAUUCUCUUUUUUUAGGCUGCAAACUUCACAAAUACCUCUGGUGUUUCAUGGGGGGGCAAUCCUAGAUUUACUACUGCAGUGCUAUUUGUGCCCCCCACCCACUGUCCAAUUUUUUUGCCAAGAGUCACUUUUAAUUUCAUGGAAUUGGCCUCUCUGGGACUCGCCUUGAUCCGUCUGGUCGCAGUGCCUUUGUUUGAGUGGCGCAGGCGUUGCACAAAUAACCUUCGCGUCCACAAAGAGCUCUCAACAACUCCCCCCCCCCCCCCCCCCACCAAAAAAACAAAAACAAAACGUGUUUACAUCCCGAAGAUUAUUGACCAACAGAAGCUCUCGAACAUGCUCCCCAAAUGCGCUUAUUGUGUGUGCGCGCGCGCGUGUGACUGAGUUGAUUUGUGUGCUGCAAGGAUGACGAUGAUGAUGACGAUGAUGAUGUACACUACGUCCUGUUGGGAUGGAGUACAGCAGCUGUGCCUACAUGGAUUCUUGCCGUGUUCGACCCCGUUUUAAGGGGUCCCCUUACUCCCUUGGUUUUCACAAGGGGCCUAAAAAAGUAAAGAUAUUUUUAUGCAUUUGUAUCCGUAUCUUAUGACAUCAUCCUUUUAUGUUUUAUAAUAUUUUACAUGGCUUCGUCAGCUCCACUUCAAACUGUAAAUUAUGCGUUCUAUAGAGCUCGGUACUUUAAUUAUUGUAAUUAUGAAGAGAUGUAGCCUUUAUUAAAAUGUUCUAUUUUUGAAAUGAGCAAAUGGCUUCCUAUGGUUUUGUUGCGGUGUGGAGUCUAUGUAUGGAUGGGACGCCAUUUAAUUGGAAUGUGUGUGUGUAACUUCAAUCCACACCCACCCUGCUGCGGCGAGCGCAACUCGCCGGAUCCUCGCUGGAGAAAUCUCUUGUCAGAUUUGCAUCCAUUAUCAGCUCUUAAUUUACUCCCUGUUGGAAAUUAAAGCGCAUUGCAUUAAUUUG